AUGGCGGACGUUGAGAUGACGGAUGCGCCCACUUCGGCGCCCGUGGCCAAGAAGGCCGCUCCUGAGGGCGAGGUGAAGGAGGGAAAGAAGCGGUUUGAGGUCAAGAAGUGGAAUGCUGUCGCUCUCUGGGCCUGGGAUAUCGUCGUGGACAACUGCGCGAUCUGCCGGAACCACAUUAUGGACCUUUGCAUAGAAUGUCAAGCAAACCAGGCUUCUGCGACCAGCGAGGAAUGCACCGUCGCUUGGGGUAUUUGCAAUCAUGCCUUCCACUUCCACUGCAUCUCGAGAUGGCUGAAGGCCCGACAAGUCUGCCCACUCGACAACCGGGACUGGGAAUUCCAGAAGUAUGGCAGAUAA